AUGGGCGUCGGCGUUGGGCUGACUGUCCUGAGACGUUCACUUGUCCUUGGGACGAGCAUCCUUCAACGACGCAUGCUCGUCUCGCUUGAAAUUCCGAAUCGAGAUCGUGCUUAUGCGUGGGUCUUGCAAUGGAUGGCUGCGCAACAAGAUCAAGCUGCAGUUGCGCAUUCUUCGAGCUCAAAAAAAUUCGGUUUGAGAUCACUUAGCCCAGCGAGAUUAGUUGACCGUCUUGCACCGAAGAGUCACCAACUUAGCGUCGAAACGCGCGUGCAGACUCAUCGGAACGGAAGCGCGUCGAUAGGAUUCGCUCUUGUUGCCGGCCCUGGUACGCAUUGGUUGCGAUACCGCGGAGCAUGGAUACAAGCGCGGCGUGAGAGAGAUGUCAAGAGCGUGCAGCUUACGUCGGGGACACCUUGGGAGACUGUCACGUUAACAACUCUCAGACGAUAUUCGAAAGUUUUCGAAGAGCUUUUGAAAGAGGCGAGAGACGUUGCAUUGAGAGAACAGGAGGGUAAAUUGGUCUUAUAUACAGCUUGGGGGACGGAAUGGAGACCGUUUGGGUUACCGAGACGAAAACGGCCUCUGGGAAGUGUUGUACUAGCGGAUGGUGUCGCGGAGCGUAUUGAGGACGAUGUCCGAGCUUUUCUAGGACGACGGAAGUGGUAUGCAGAUCGAGGUAUCCCGUACCGAAGAGGUUAUUUAUUACACGGUCCUCCAGGAUCUGGAAAAUCUUCGUUCAUCCAAGCACUUGCUGGUGAACUCAAUUAUGACAUCUGUCUAUUAAAUCUCUCCGAGAGAGGUCUACACGAUGAUAAACUAAACCACCUAUUAUCCAAUGCUGUUGAACGGAGUAUCAUUCUCAUCGAAGAUAUCGACGCAGCCUUCAACAAACGUGUACAGACAAGUGAGGAUGGGUAUCAAUCAUCUGUGACGUUCUCUGGCUUCCUCAAUGCACUUGAUGGCGUCGCCUCAGGCGAAGAACGCAUAAUAUUUAUGACGACGAACCACCUUGAGCGACUCGAUUCAGCACUUGUCCGGCCAGGUCGUGUCGACCUUCUGGAACUCAUCGACGACGCACAAUCUUCUCAAGCAGCUCGGCUUUUCAGGCGGUUCUAUUCUGGUGAUACUGGUAUAUCCGAAACAGAGUUAGACGAACUGAGUGCAGAGUUAGGCGAGAUUGUAAGAGGGGAGUGGGACUCUGGAAGAAGAGUUAGUAUGGCGGCGUUGCAGGGCUUGUUCAUCCGGAGUGGGCCAAGGGAAGCUGUAGAGCAAAGCAGGACACUCUUCGUCGAAAGACGAUAG